CCUUUCCCCUCCCUCGCGCAGGCGCGGCCCGGCCAUGUCCGCCGUGGAGCGGCGCCUGGCCCGUUUUCGGGCAGCUCGCGGCAGGGCAGCCGCCGUCCCCCUGCGCCCCGCUGAGCCGCCGGGAAAGGCCGCGGCUCCGGAGCCCGCUGAGAGCCCGGAUGGUGGCGGGCAGGCCCGUCCCGGCUGGGCGCCGGCGCCGGUGUGGGCGCGGCCGCUGCUGCUGAAGGUACUGCUGUGGGCCGUGCUGCUGGCGCUGUUCGCCGAGCUGGAGCUGGGGCUGCCCUACUUCGUCCUCUCCCUCCUCUACUGGAUGUACGCCGGCACACGAGGCCCCGCCGAACGGCGGCAGGGCGAGCUGAGCGCUUACUCCGUGUUCAACCCCGGCUGCACCGCCAUCGCCGGGACGCUGACGGCCGAGCAGCUGGAGCGGGAGCUGCAUUACCGGCCCGCCGCCGGGAGGUAGCGGAGCUGGGGCCGGGCUGGGGAGGAGGAGGCGCGGCUGUGCCCUGCGCUACGCAGCCCGUGCCUGACUCCUUCCUCGCCGCUCCCGAAUAAAGCCGUAACAAAGCGCCAUCAGCUUGUCGGUGACUUUCUGCUUACCACGGGAGGCCGGUGUUGGACUGCACUUGUAAGGGAGUGCCCCGCUGCUUUCCCGCCCGGCUCUGUGUACACCCAAGACGAGGCAUGAGGCGGUAUUGGUACAACUGAAGCCAGCUGCUGCUUCUGAUCAUGCCCGUGUUUCAUCCAGUACAUCAAAUUUUGGUGCAGGUUUCUCGAUUGCUCCGUGUUACAACGUUUGCUGUCUGCAGUGUAAGGUGAAAAUAUCUGUUAUUACUCCUGACAGGUGACACUUGUGGUUUUAACCAUCAUUUUGGAAAAAUAACUAAGGGACGAUGAGCAGCAAAUGCAGAACUGCAAGAAGCUCUUAGAUGAAAGAGUACUUGCUUGUUGCUGCACUUGGUCUUUUUUUACCACCACACAGCUGGUGAUGCUUCUCACCAUCAUCCCAUGUGCAGCCAGGUGCACUUUUCUUUAUGAGCCACUUUGUCUUUUUAAUGAUCCAUUGGUAUUUCUAUUAUAUAAAUGAUUGCAUGAAAAUAAACCACUGAUAUUAA